CGACUUUGUUUUCGGACGUCCAGCGGCGCCCGGUGGGCUGCUCCCUCCUGUGGCGCGGGGCGCGCCCGCGCGCCGCCCCCCGCUCCCAGCAGGGGCGGGGCCGAUGCCUCCCAAGGCAAGGGGUGGAGGCAAGGGGUCCGCGGAGCCCGAGGGGCAGCAGGGCGACGGCGAGGAUGGCAAGGAUAAGAAAGGCGAGGAGGAAGAAGAGGAGGAGCUCUUCAUCGGAGACUCUGUGCGGAUAUCAUCGAGCAUGCAGGAGGUCAAGAAAGCUCUGGAGAAGCUCAGCAUGCAAUGGGACUCCAGCAUGAUAAGCUUUCUGGGCAAACUGGCCGUCGUGCGUGGCGUGAAAUUUCAGAACGACUCCGAGAACGUUCCGCGGCAGCUCUGCGCACUCGCCGUAAAGGAAGGCCCAGAGACAGAGCUGCCAGCCGCAUGCUUGGUGAUAGUAGAAGACGAGGACAGCGACAAGGAGAGCGUCGACAAGGGCAGCGAGGACGAGGAAGAAGAGGAGGACGAGGACAGGGUUGCGGUGCCGAUUCAGGUCAACAUGCGCGUGGAGGACACCAAGCGCAAGAAAAAGAAAAAGGUUCACGUUGGAAUCGUAACCAACUUGUUCGACGACGAGGGGAACGGGGAGGAGGCCAACGUCAAAUACGAGGACGGUCGCACCAAGAAGGUCUCUCUUGAUCGCCUUCGGCCUCUAGAGAAGGUGACCAAGGAUGCGACGGGCUUCUCAGGCGACACUCGCUUUAACGACUUCAGGUUCACCAAGAAUUGCAUCCCGACAGGGAUAGAGGUGGUCGGGGAUGGGGCUGAGUUUCUGAAGAGCCGCGGGGGUCAGACACAUCUGAAUCUCAAGAAAAACACUUAUCUGAAGGUGGCACUGAAAGGCCUGCGUCACGAGAAGCUCAAGCCAAACGAGGAGAUUCCGCGCUACACGCUGACGGUCGAGUUCCGGAUUAAUGAUAGCCACCGGAGACUCACCGACGUGCCGUGGUCCCUCUUCCAGGCCAGCUUUCCCGACCCCCACGCCACGGACGAGCUCACCGUGCAGUCCGAGGACAGGCCUUACCGCCGGAAGUGGAAGGUGCUCACAAAAGAGAACAAGUGCGUCAUCACCGCGGAGUCUGACCCCGCCUCCCGCGAGCUGGGCAAGCUCGUCGAAGGGUCCGUGGUCACAGAGGACGGCCUGGCCCCACGGCGUUUGCCCAGUGGUGAGAAGCGCCUCCGUGUCCGGUAUAAGGCCGCGGACAUCGUGCAGGAGGAGGAGAAGCAGGGCCUGGAGGCAGAAGAAUACAUCGUGGAGCUCGAGGCUGGCUAUUUCGGCAACGACCACGGCCAUGCGCCGACCUCGGUGAUGAUCUGCUCCAACAAGGUGGUCAGAACAAUCGGCUUCUGCCCCGGCAGUGCCGGUGGCAAGGCAACUGUCAAUAAUGCCCCAGGAAUCGACAUGGGUUGGACCCCGCGCGACCGCACCAUGCACACCAUGAAGGUUACAAUGCGCAAGAGUGGCUGGCAUACGUUCCAGAUUUCCGACGGAGACAAUCCGCAGAAAACUUGGUCCAAGGAUUUCAAGGUGCUUGGCUGGCUCGAAGAGAAGGCAUUCGUUCAGAUUAUGGACCCUGAUGACGAGGAUAUCAAGAUCGGCGAGGAGCACCAAUACCACAACAGCGGCUUGCACAAGAUCAGGCUCUUCCGCAAGGGUAACCUCACUAAGGUCAGCGACAAAAAUGAUCCGAGGGGCUGGGUUACCCUCAAGAAGACAGACUUCUCGCCCGUGGAGGACGCCGCCGAGUCCAAGCACUCUCGUGGCCCUCAAUGCUUCCUCAAGGCUGGUGCGCCCGAGCACACACAGAAGAGCCAUCGGCCCCUGCACUCUGAACGGUGGCACACCGUGACGCUCACUGCUGACACCACGGAUGGGCACGCCCAGCUCUACCUGGACGGAGUGUCCUGCAUGGAGGAGGACGUCGACAUCGGUCUCGGGGAUCCCGACAUGAUGCAGAUCGGCGACAUCUUCGGACCCGUGAUGGGGCCCGUGCAGGGUCCCGACAAGCUCGACAAGGGCACCGGCGGCGAGGGCUUCAGUCGCGAGCCGCAGAAGUCUUCCUACGGCGUGCCGCAGGGUGGAUUCCUGCUCUUCGCGAGCACCACUGCUCGUGGUAUGCCGGGCGGCGUGCUGCUCCGAAGGCUCACUUUCCACAACCAGAUCUUGCCCGUCGCCAAGGUGGAGGAGGCUUAUCUGAAUUCACGCUACCAGCGGCCUCCCAAGCCAGUGCCGACAGUCUUGACCCUCACGCCGCUGAUUAAGAAAGGCGCUCCACCGCUGUGGCAGCAUGGCUCAUUCUUAUGCGAGUUUAUGGAUUGCUUCAUGCACGGGGUCAGUGGUCAGCUGACUCACUUCUUGAAGGUGUUCUGCAUCUGCGCUGAGGGAGCCGCCCAGUCCCUGAAGGAGUCCUCGAGCGCGCUGUCCUGGACCGAGGACGAAGGCACCGCCCUGGGAGGGGUGAUCGACUUGUUCAAGCGGUCCGAGCCAUUGUUCCGGAAGUGGCAGCCGCUCUGGUCCGCGGGCACUGAGGACAUGCAUACCAUUCCACCGCUGGCCGCCUCCUACAUCAAGAGGCUACAGACCGCCCGCCAGAGGGUCGCCGCCGAGGGUGGUUCCCUGCUGAUCCCCCUGGGCGUCAAGUCCAUCGACGACACCCAGACUCCCCUGUCACAGUUUGCGGUGCUCCUGCUGGAGAAGCCGCGUCCCGAUGCCUACCGCAUCACGGUCAUCAACUCUGGCUCACCAGGCAUUGAGCACCACGCCUGCUCCUCAGCGCAUCCGCCCAAGCUGAAGUAUCAGGCGGCUUUAUCCUUCGACAACAUUUCGCCCACUCGCGCCGAGGACGACGGCCUCUGGGCCGCGCUGGUGCUCUCAACGGCCACGCCGGAGAUGUCUGCCUGGUGGAAGCAGCCGCCUAUGCUGUACGACAAGUUCUUGCCUUGGCUCAUCGGCUAUCCGCUGGAGCACUACCUGUCCUCAAGCGUCUAUGGCGAUGGCACUGGGCGCCUGAGCCAACCUUCCGAGGCUGCGCAUGAGCUGCGCUCGCCGCAGUAUGGCGGCACGGGCGAGUGGCGCGCGCUGACGUUCGCGCUGCGCUUCCUGCUGCGGGACCGCGGCCUCAGCUUGGCAAAGGCGAAGCUGGUGAAGUGGCAGUUCCGCCACCAGAUGCUCAAGUUCGCCUCGAAAGACCUCGUGCCCGCGAAGGCCCUCUCCGCCUCUGAGCGCAUCAUGAUGGGCCUCGCGACGAAGCAGCUCGCGCUGUCGGCGGUCAAGCUGAGUGGCCGCCUGGCGGAGCAGUCCGCCGCCCGCAGGCUGAUGAUAAUGGCGAAGGAUCUGGUCGAGAAGGUCGAGGUGGCGGUGAAGGGAAAGCCACGUGCGAAUCAGAUCUGGAACGAUCCCCUGGUGCAGCCAGUUCUCAACCUGGAGCAGACCGAGGGCGACGACGAUGUGCCCGCGAGCGCCUGGGGGCUUCAUCCCUUCUGGGACCGCUUGCUGCGCCACGACGUGAAUCCGGGAGCGGCUACUGGAGUACCGCUGCUAAAAUCCAUCAACCUGCUGCAAAUCCCAGCGCGCGUGGCUGAUUUUGAGGAGGCUCACCAGACGUUGCGAACUUGCGAGGAGCUCUGCGCGAAACUGUUCUUCAUCGGGCAAGAGCGCUGCAAGUUCUCCACCUUCCUCUGCGUUGCGCUGUUGCAGCACGUCUUCAUGGAGGUGAUCCCGGUGCCGCUCGGGCCGUUGACGCAGCGCCCUCCCCUCAGCCUGCGCGACCCUGUCUGGGCGCCAGAAGGUCCAGACGCAGUGCAUCCGCAGAUGACUCGCUCUGGGCAGCUGGACAUUCUGCUCACCCUGCAUCGCCUCUGCAUGCAAUUCGUCGCGGCGGCCUCGUCGAUCCAGGCA